AUGGCGUCGACCGUGGUGCACAUCGCGUCGUUCGUGGGGGCGCACGAGCGGCAGGCCGCGGCACUCCAAGCCAUUAUCGAAGGUUACAUCUAUGGCAAGCCCCCCAACCCGGCCACCGACGACAGGCCCCUGAUCCACCACCCGCCCAGGGCCGCCAUGUGCCUGCCGCGAGAAAUGGGCGGCCUCGGGGCACCUGACGUGCGGUUGCAGGCCACCGCGCUGCUCGCCAAGACGGCGGCGCGGCUGGUGCACCCGCAGUGCCGCGUGUGGAAGGAUAUCGACCGUUAG